GCCCGCGGGGGCCUCAGGCGGGGAUUUGGGGGGGGACCCGGCGGGGGCCCCGGGCGAGGGUUUUGAGGGGGCCUUUGGGGGGGCCCCCGAGGGGGGCCCUGGCGAAGAUUUGGGGGAGGCCUUUGGGGGGGCCUCUGGGGGGCCCCCGGGAGAAGCACCAGGGGGGCCCUUCGGGGGGGCCCCUGAGGGGGCCUUGGGCGACGAUUUCGAGGGACCACCGGAGGGGGCCCCUGGGGGGCCCCCGGGGGGGCCCCCUGGAGGGCCCCCUGGGGGGCCCCCUGGAGGGGCCUUUUUGGGGGCCCCAGGGGGGGCGUCGGAAGGCGACUUGGAGGGGGCCCCUGGGGGGGCCCCUGGAGACCCGCCGGGGGGCGGCUUGGGAGGGGCCCCUUCUAGAGGGGCCCCCGGGGGGGCCCCUGGGAAGCCCCCCAAGGGGGCCCCUGGGGGGGCCCCCCCGGGGGCCCCUGGGGGGGCCCCUGGGGGGGCCCCUGGGGGGGCCCCCACGGGGGCCUCCCAGUACUGCCAGGGGGGCCCCUCGGGGGCCCUCAAGAGAUAUAUGGCGUUGACGAAGAGGCGGGAGAGCAGCAGGUGGCAGCAGCUGGAAACAGCAGCAGCACUGACGAAGUUCAUGGGGGCAGGGGGGCCCCCCAGUACCCUGGGGAGUCCGGGGGGCCCCCGGGGGCCCCAUCUGUGGGGCCCCUGGGCAUCUAUGCAAUCUGUUAAUAAGUAUAAAAGGCCCCUAAUGGUACUUGGCAUUAAAGCGAAGUUCAUGGAAGGCCUGCAGCGGGGGCCCCAAAAGGGUAGUGAGCCACUGCACAUCUGGGGGCCCCAAAAGGGUACUGGGGGGCCCCAAAAAGGAGUCAAAGAGGGGCCCCAAAAGGGAAGAAGCAGCAAGGAACAUGGACUGCGGCAAGUGGCUCACGCACUCCAGCUCAAACUGCAGCAGCAGCAGCAGCAGCAGCAGCAGCAGCAGCAGCAACAGCGGCAGCAGCAGCAGCAGCAGCAACAGCAGCAACAGCGGCAGGAGCAGCAGCAGCAGCAGCAGCAGAACAAGGGAAAGGGUUGCCUUGAGAAUGAUGAGAAUGGGCCUGAAGUCGAGCACACACACACCCACCAAUCCAGCAGCAGCAGCAGCAGCAGCAGCAGCAGCAGGACUGGCAGCUGCAGAUGCAAGAGCAGCAGCACUAAGGCCUUUCUCUCAGCAGCAGCAACAGCAACAGCAGCAGCAGCAGCAGCAGCGCCAGCGCAUGCAGGGCUUCUGGGCAGCAGCCGCAGCAGCAACAGCAGCCGCAGCAGCAGCAGCAGCCGCAGCAGCAACAGGAGCCGCAGCAGCAACAGGAGCCGCAGCAGCAACAGCAGCAGCAGCAGCAGCAGCAGCAGCAGCAGCAGCAGCAGCAGCAGCAGCAGGAGGUACCUUGCUGCAGGAUUUCCUGGCGAAUCUGCUGCGUAG